UCUGAUGUUGAAGAUGACGUAGGGCCAUUCCUUGAGGUUUCCGUAUCUCAAAAUCUUAUCCCUCUCAGUCAAAAAAUCUUAUUUCUACGGCUCUACCGUACACCAAAUACACAGACAGACAGUUAAAUACGGAGUAUAUAAAUCCCGUUUUCUGCUUUCUUCCCUCAUAGCUAGCUGCUUUAGCUUCGGAAUCGAAGACUUGAGGGAGAGUGGUUGAGCUAACAACAAGAGAGAGACAUGGAGCUGGAACCAAUGGCGUCAGCAAUCGGAGUAUCGGUGCCGGUACUGCGCUUCCUUUUGUGCUUCGUAGCCACAAUUCCGGUGAGCUGCCUCCACCGUUUUGUCCCCGGUGGUUCGUCCGGGAGGCACCUCUACGCCGCCCUCACCGGCGCCCUUCUCUCCUACUUGUCCUUUGGUUUCUCCUCCAACCUCCACUUCUUGGUGCCCAUGCUAUUGGGCUACGCUUCAAUGCUUCUUUACCGCCCUUACUGUGGGAUAAUCACUUUCUUCCUCGCCUUUGGCUACCUCAUUGGAUGCCAUGUAUACUACAUGAGUGGCGAUGCAUGGAAGGAAGGAGGAAUUGAUUCUACAGGAGCUUUAAUGGUGAUCACACUGAAAAUCAUUUCAUGUGUGAUGAAUUACCAAGAUGGAUUGCUGAAGGAGAAUGAUUUACGUGAGGCACAGAAACAAAACCGUUUGCUCAAAUUGCCAUCAUUAUUUGAGUACAUUGGUUACUGUCUUUGUUGUGGAAGUCAUUUUGCUGGUCCAGUGUACGAAAUGAAGGCUUACCUUGAAUGGACAGAGAGGAAAGGAAUCUGGAAGCCUGCAGGGAAAGAACGUCCGUCACCAUCACCUUUUGUGCCAACCUUAAGGGCUCUUCUUCAGGCUGCAUUUUGUAUGGGAUUGUAUCUGUACCUCGUACCAUAUUUCCCUCUUGCAAGGUUUAAUGAUUCAUUAUACCAAGAGUGGGGUUUCUGGAAACGGCUUGGUUACCAGUACAUGUCUGGCUUCUCUGCUCGUUGGAAAUAUUAUUUUAUCUGGUCAAUCUCAGAAGCCUCUAUUAUCAUUUCUGGCCUGGGUUUCAGUGGUUGGACCGAGUCUUCUCCCCCAAAACCACUGUGGGACCGUGCAAAAAACGUUGACAUAUUGGGUGUAGAGUUGGCAAAGAGUUCGGUUCAGUUGCCUCUUGUAUGGAACAUACAAGUCAGCACCUGGCUACGCCAUUAUGUUUAUGAGAGGCUUAUCAGCAAGGGCAAGAAACCUGGUUUCUUCCAGUUACUGGCAACGCAGACUGUCAGUGCUGUAUGGCAUGGCUUAUAUCCCGGGUAUAUGAUUUUCUUUGUACAAUCCGCUCUGAUGAUUGCCGGUUCAAGAGCCAUUUACAGAUGGCAGCAAGGUACUGGAAAUGCUAUCCUUAAGAAGAUCCUAGCAUUGAUGAACUUCGCUUACACCCUUUUGGUUCUCAACUACUCGUGUGUUGGUUUCUUGGUAUUGAGUCUCCAUGAAACACUUGCUGCAUACGGGAGCGUGUACUAUGUUGGAACGAUUGUGCCGGUUGUGUUGAUCAUGCUCGGGAACAUCAUUAAACCAGCAAAACCUGCGAGAUCCAAGGCUCGGAAAGAUCAGUGAGCAAGAUGUUUUUGGUGGAGUAUUAGAGCCUUAAUUUCUGCUAAUAGACCGACCUGUCGGUUUUGCAGGAGAUCUGUUUCCUUUCGCCAUGUUGGGCAUUGUAUUAUCAUUUCAAGUUUGUAGUACAAAUUUUUGUUUUUUUAAUGGAAUUCAGAAAUCAGAAUGACGGUUUAAUGCAUAACCAGUAAUGGGUGUGUAUUGUU